AACAGAGAUCCACGACAGGUUGGAUUCAGAAUUACAUGCAGAUCAGCUGAGAAACAUCUUCAAAGACUUGAAGGAAAAGACAUGUGGAACAGAAGCUAUCACAGCAACAUUUGGGAUUGCAGAUGUUUCUGAACAACGUGAUGCUGCUGAUUGCCUGGAGAUGAUUUUAUGUAAGACCAGCCAACAGGUCUCUGAGGUUUUCCAAGGAGAGCUGACGUACACAACAAAAUGCUCCAAAGGCCACAGCAUCAAUGAAGAAACAAAUCCAUUCUGGACUCUUCCACUGUCACUGAAAGAUACCGACGAUACAGUCAACAGUGUGAAAAGCAGCUUCAAAACAAUGUUUGAGUCAAAAUCAUUCAGUGGAGACGACAAGGUGUACUGCAAUGAAUGUAAAAAGAAAAGAGGGGCAAAAACUGGAUGUGAGAUGGUGAAAUCUCCUCAGAUUUUGAUUCUGCUCCUCAAGAGAUUUGACUUUGACUACAACACCAUGUCCCAUGUCAAAUCCGACUGCUGUGUGGCUGUGCCAUGUGAAUUACAAAUAAAGAACAAGACGUACAAACUGUACGGGAUGGUGAAUCACAUGGGCAGUCUAAGAGGUGGACAUUACACAGCCACCAUCCUGUCCAACAAGGACAAAACCUGGUAUGAGUUUAAUGAUGAUCGUGUCAACAAGGUUGAAGAACAACCAUUUUCAGAAACCGGGACUUACAAGUCAAAGGUUGCAUAUUUGCUCCUGUACAGAGCCUCAGAGUCUAAGAUGUCCCAUGAGACCCAGACAAAAGAUCUGACGGACAACACAUUGCAAAAGCAGGAUGAUACAAUGUGUCAGAAGCCUGUUGAGACCAGUUCAGAAGAUCUGACAGACGGAGUGAAAUCAGUCAGAGAAGAAAGUGGCAAGGACUGUGGAAAGCCGAGUAACCUGCUACACAGUGAAGAUGAAAAGACACAGGUGUGUCAGAAGCCUGUUGAGACCAGUUCAGAAGAUCUGACAGAUGGGGUGAAAUCAGUCAGAGAAGAAAGUGGCAAGGACUGUGGAAAGCCGAGUAACCUGCUACACAGUGAAGAUGAAAAGACACAGG